UUAAAGGCAUCUAAUAUGGAAGGGCAAGAAGCAUUGAAGGGUACUAGUAGUUUUUCUUCAAAGUGUUCAGACUGUGGGAACCAAGCAAAGAAAGAUUGCUCAUACACAAGGUGCAGAACUUGCUGCAAGAACAAAGGAUUUCACUGCCCAACCCAUGUUAGAAGCACUUGGAUCCCUGUCGAUAGAAGACGCCAUAAAUCAUCCUCAUCAUCAUCACUAGUACUCAUGGAUCAUCAUCACUCUUCUCUCACUACAAAUCUACACUUCCUUCAUCAUCAACAUAUCCCUAAAAGGCACAAGCACAUCCCAUAUUCAUCAUCAGAGGAGUUUCCAGCAAGUAUGAGUUCGGUGGCAAUAUUCAGGUGCGUUAGGGUGCGUUCCAUGGAUGAAAGUGUUAAUGAAAUUGCGUACCAAACAUCUGUCAACAUUGGAGGACAUGUUUUCAGUGGUCUUCUUUAUGAUCAAGGCCCUCAUCAACCACCACCAUCAACCUCCAUACACCCUCACCUACACAGUAAUACUAAUAAUCUCAAUCUUAUGAUGAUGAGUAAUAGUAGUAAUAAUGUUCCAACCAUUAUUGAUGCUCCUCCUCUUCCUCAUGAUCAACCUUUUCUAUCAUCUAAUUCUUCUACUUCUUUUGUUAGGCCUCCUGCUAUGCCAUAUUAUUUUUCACACCCUCCUAAACCUUGAUUAAAUUUAAUUUGUUUCUUAAUUAUUAUUAUAUCUUGCUCAUCAUAUGAAAAACGUGACUAUAGGAACUUAGAUGAUUGUGAUGAUGCUCAAAAAGGAUUACCAUGGAACUCUAAUUCAGCUACAAUCCAGCUAAUUAAUUAAGCUACCUUCAUCUCAUGUAUAUUAUUAUCGUUAGAACUUCUAGAAGUAGCUAGCAAGAUGAAAGGGAUUAAGCUAAGGGACAAAGUCAUUAAUAAAUAAAUGAGAACCUAUGAAGGAGUUAUUAAUUAUUAUUGUUGUUGUUGUUAAUUUAGUUGAAAC